AUGCUAUUGUUUGGGAACUUGCUAUUUCCCGAAGGGACGGGAAAUAGCAUAAAUUUUAUGUACUUGAGUUUGCUCGGGGACAUUGAUAGAAUAAGCACAUAUAGUUGGGGUUCUGCAGUAUUAGCAUUCCUAUAUAGCUCUUUGUGUAAAAAUGCACAAAAUGAGCACUGUACAUUUUCUGGAUGUGCUUUUUUGCUUCAAACAUGGGGGUGGUGGAGAUUGCCGAGGCUAGCCCCAGAAAAUCCUAAUGACUACUCCUUCCCCUACGCAACUAGGUUCAUUACAACCGGACUGGAUUACAGUCUUACCCCCAAAAAUAAAAUUAUAUUUUAUCGUCAACUGUUGGAUCGUCUCCGAGCACAGGAUUUUAUUUGGAGGCCAUAUUUGGGAUUGGAACAUCAACCAAACCCCGAAGAUGCAGCUGUUUGGACAGCAAAAACGGCCAUAAUGCGGUUCACCACUGUGGAGAUGCACCAAAGUGACCGUGUCAAGCUUCAAUUCGGAAUGCAUCAAGACAUCCCAGGCCCCCCAAUGUCCAUGGAACCUUGGCAUCUAAAAAAAGUCAGCCACCAGUGGUAUGCCCAAAAUUGGAAGGAAUUUGCUAAGGAGUUUCGAAAAAUGUGGAAAGACCACUAUAGAGGUGAAAUAACAACAAAACAAAGACAGAAGAGAGUGCCGUUUUUACAUGACUAUGUAGCAUUCUUAUUCAUGAUAUAUCAGGGAAAUAAGCAUUUAGUAUAA